ACCACCGCGCACACCCACACACCACUUUUUAUGAGUUUUAUGGUUUUGACGCUGAGUUCGAGACUUGUUGAGAGAGACUGACAUUCAACAAAGUGACAGAGUUACACUGACACAACAAGUGAUCAGAAGUUGUCCUUGCAAAAAUACAAACCUCAUUUGAAGUCAAUCAGGAACUACAUUAAGUUAAUUAACAAAGCCCUUGCCGGAUCCAGAAAUGAUCAACCAAGCUUCUAUCAUGGAUGAAGAAGAAAGUGAUAAAGAGUUGGAUAACAAAGAGUCGAGUCAUCUUCUAAAGUCAGACUGCAUAGUCAGCACUCCCCCUAAAGUGCCCGGUUUGAUAUCGGCCCGCUACGCCCUUGCUUGCUUCAGCUUCCUUGGUUUCCUAAAUGUCUACGCAAUGAGAGUGAAUUUGAGUGUCGCCCUGGUUGCCAUGGUGAAUACUACAUUGUCCAAUCACAGCUCAGUUUGUCCUUCAUCUGAAAACAUAAACCAGACUAGGAAGGAUGGGGAGUUCAACUGGGAUGAGACGACCCAGGGACAGAUUCUGGGCUCUUUCUUCUAUGGUUAUAUCUUGACUCAGUUACCCGGUGGUUGGCUCGCUGAUCGGUUCGGAGCCAAAAGAAUCUUUGGUCUGGGUGUUCUAUGUACGUCAGUGUUGACUCUAGCUACGCCACUAGCUGCUAGAGCUGGGUACCCAUGGCUGAUUGCUGUGCGGAUACUUGAAGGACUCGGAGAGGGGGUGACCUUUCCAGCCAUGCAUUCUAUGUGGGGUCACUGGGCUCCACCAUUGGAAAGAAGCAAGCUAGUUACCAUAUCAUACUCAGGAAUGCAUAUAGGAACAGUCAUAUCCCUGCCAGUAUCUGGACUACUAUCGGACUCUGACUUCCUAGGUGGAUGGCCCUCAGUCUUCUAUGUAUUUGGAAUAAGUGGUUUGAUUUGGUUUGUCAUCUGGAUGUUGUGUGUACAUGACAGACCCUCUUGCCACCCUCGUAUAUCCGAUGAAGAGAGAGUCUAUAUAGAAACCUCGAUCGGGAUCAGAGAAAAGAAUUAUUCUGUACCCUGGUUGAGUAUCUUCACAUCUCUUCCUGUAUGGGGUAUCAUCAUUGGUCAUUUCAGCAAUAACUGGGGAUUCUACACCCUACUGACCAACCUCCCAACAUACCUCAAAGUUGUACUGGGAUUCGACUUGUCACAGAGUGGUUUCCUUGCUGCGGUACCCUACCUCACCCUGUGGUUUUUUAUGCUGACUGGUGGCCAGGUAGCAGACUACCUGAGAGGCAAUAGCAUUUUAUCAACAGGAGCGACAAGGAAGAUUUUCAAUUCAAUCGGUUUGGUCCUCCCUGCUGUAUUCCUUGUGAUCACCGGCUACGUCGGCUGUAACUACACCCUAGCUGUAGUCUUCUUGACUCUCUCUGUGGGUCUCGUUGGUGUAGCCCAGUCAGGUUACAACGUCAACCAUCUAGACUUAGCACCUAGGUAUGCAGGUGCCUUGAUGGGUAUAACCAACAUGGUCGCCACUAUACCAGGAUUCGUGGGACCAGUACUAGUCGGAGUACUCACUCAAGAUGAGGAAACCUUUGAGCGUUGGCGUUUGAUAUUUUGGAUCUCCUUUGGAGUCUACAUGUUCGGCACAGUGUCAUACAUCCUACUGUCUGCAGGGGAGAAGCAACCUUGGGCUACCCCAGACGGAAAAGAAUUGCUGGGAAGUUCGACUCCAGAUCCAAAAGAGACAAAUGCAGAGGAAGGCAAAGAUGUUCUUUAUUAAUGAAAGACACAAAUUCUUUAGUAAUUAAACAAGAGGCAUUUAUUACAAGAUUUUAAAAUAUAUUUAUGUUAUAAAAUGCAUAUGGUUGGAAAGAUGUUGGAAAAGUACAAUAUAA